CAUUUUAAUUGGAUCCUCUGCAGUAAAGUUUGCAAUUGUGUGUUUUUUGAUGAAUAGGUGAUACGAAGUUUCAGUGCCAGUGUUGUUGUUAUAUUAUGUAUCCCCAAAUGCAUCUAUGCACUCUUAAUUCGAUUUAGAAUUAACUAUUGAUGGAAUAUUGAAUUUUUGAGAAAAUUAAGGACAUAACAUUUAAAUAGUACUAUGAGUACUAUUCAAGUAUUAUGCUUUUAUGGCUUUAUCAAAUCCUGCGCCGUGGUUUAUGUAAUGAAAGUGUAAUUCACAUUCCAGGUUAUGACGUCAUUAUUCCUAUAAGUGUAUCAGUUACACUUGUAAUCUUAGUGGCAGUAAUCGUCAUUGUGAUUUUGGUGUUACGAAAAAGAGGAAAGAUUCCAAGGACGGUAAUCAAAUGUGCUGCAUUAGGUAUUUGUCUAAGAAACACUCCUGAUCAAUAUCCAGCUGAAACCAAUUCCGCUUACGAAGAAGUUCAAGAGGCCGGUAAUGAACGAAUGGGCGAACUAAAUUACUAUGUGAAUGUAGACGCAAGGCUAGACAUUCAUUUAGAUAACAUAAAUGCUUAUUGCAGUAUCGAUCCGGCUGCAAAGGAAACUGACACAUAUGACAUUCUUGAUCCAAAGAAAACAUAACGAUUUAUUUACAUAUCAAAAUAUGGACAUGAAUAACAAUUUUAAGAAACAAUUUGCACACAACAUUAUGAACAUAUUACACGCGCCUGUUUUAACUUGUCAAAUUCGCUUAAAACAACAUCUGCUGCUUCAAUUCUGUGUAUAUAACUAUUGGCAGGUACAUGCAGAAUAUUAACAUUUGUCUUAAUAUUCAGUAUAGUAUAGGAUUUGGAUUUUAUAUCGGCGCAUAGAAGAACUCUUUAUCAUAUCAUCGUUAUGGUUGUUGUUGUUGUUUUCUAAAAACACAUUUUAAUUUUUAUAUCUUUAGAACACCAGAUUCAAGAUUUCAGACCCUAUAAGCGUAAAACAUGUCAUAAUGCGCUUAAAGAAAAUCAUGUAUCAUUUUAGUGCAGUCACUAUGCUAUUAGUUCAAUAAUACUUUUACAUAAAAACAUGUAAGUUUACAUAUACAAAAUCAAAUAUUCACGAGAAUGGGUCGGGCUACAAGUUAUAACAAUAUUAGCAACAUCUCUCCUCACUGUGUUGAAGAUAGCACUAAGUUAUUAAAUACGAGUACUUGAUAUCUAUCAAUUCUUCAAGCUCUGAUGAAGUGUUAUAUUUAUAAUUAAGAUUUAUACCCGAUCUUGAAGUGACCCGGAUAGUGUAGUACAAAACGAACACCUUUGACAAAACAUGUACACAUCUACAUUGAGAAAAUGUUACAUUAAGAAGGUUUAACAACGUUGUUAAAGAUAAAAAGAAAGGGCAGAGAAAAAUCAAGACCAAUAUGUAAAAACUUUGGUGCACAGACAUUGAUAGAUUACGAUAAAGAAGCCUAUAGGAAUAUGGAAACGUGAGGGUCACACAUUAAGUUAAUUCAGAGUGCUACAGCACACGGUCAGCGCAAAAUUGUGUGUAGACUGUCAUCGAUUGUCAGUAUUAGCAUCGGCUCAGUGAAUAAAGUCUGUAUUACAUUACAUUGCAUUUUCAAUUUCAUAAGCAUUUGAAUUUUUGCCAAAUAUAGAUUCGAUUUGAUUGAGCUUUAUGAGAGAUAAUCGACAAAGCAACAUUGAUCAUACCAAAGCGAUAUAACAUUUAGCGUUUUUGAAAUGCCAAAGAUUAGAAUUGUACUUGCUUGCAUCUAUUACCUUUAAUACUUUCUUCUAGCGUCUUGGUAAUAUGACACCCUGAACUUCGACCAAGAUUUCAACAAUAUCAUUACUAAAGAACCUGGGCUAACUUUCAAGUAUGGAUACAACGUAAGAAUCGACCGCCUUAUGUGUGUAACUUACCAUUUAAACAUACCUGAAUGCAAUUAUAGUUCGUUACCCUACUUGUUAAAACAUAGCCUACGGAACAUUUAACGACAUGCUAUUUUAACAAUGCUAUACCAGUAGUAAAUAAUCCCUCAAAAGCAAUCGAAACAACAAAAUAAUAUGAAAAUUGAAGAUGUGGUCAGAUUGAGUAUGUUCAUGAGGGAUAGCGGCUAGGCGCAGCAGCCUUUUAAUGCCGCGGAUAUACUGUAUUUAAUGUAAUGUGCUAAGAAACAGUCUAGAGUUAUUUUAUAACGUUAGGUAAUGAAUGUUAUACAUUUUACAAAGCAUUAGGAAAAAGGCUAAGAUCCAAUAGCAUUUGUAAGUUAUAUAAAAGCUGAGACAAGGUUGUCAACAUUCACUAUUAUAUAAAUUGGCUACAUUUUUUUUGCUUGUUUUGUUUUUCAGUUCGGAAAAAUAAACAUAGUGUUUUUCCUAAUACAAAUCGAUUAAGCAUAUAAGCAGUGCCGGCACGAUUUUAUGAACGAACUUUGUUUGUUAUUUUAUUAUUAUGUACUCUAAUCGUCACUUAAUAUUUAGUUAGAUUCAAA